AUGCUGGCGGCGGCGCCAGUAGCAGCGCCGCGGCCGCAGCUGGCGGCGCGUCCGCGCAGGCUGCAGGGGGCGACGCCGCACGCGCUGCAGGCGCGGCCCCUCGGCGCGCCCCCGGCCGACCCCGUCGGGCCAGACGCUGCGGGGCAAGCGGCCGCGGAGCUCGGCGCCUUGGGCGCCACGGUCCACGGGGACUUUCGGCGCCUGUCCGCCGCAGAGCUCGCGGGGGCGCGGCCGCCGCUGACGGGCGCCCAGCUCCGCGAACGCAUAACGCUCGCAGCAACGGUGGCGACCCUUGGCAAAGCAGAUCUGCAGCGCCUCGCCGAGCAAUGGCGCCGCAGCGAGGGCAGGGGCACGCCGCGCGCCCGGGCUGCCAGCUUGUCGCCGGGGGACGCGCAAGGGGCGGUGAUCAACGAACUCGCGCGCAGGGAGUCGCAGAACUGGCAUAAGAGCACGGUGAAGUACUCCAGCCUGGUGCGGCCGUGGGGCACAGUAUACGACGGCGUCGCGCCGUGGUCCCCCUCGGAGACCAGCCUCGGCGCAUUCGCGAUCGCUGUCCAGCUGGUCAAGUACCUGUCCCAGGUUCGCUCCGUGCUGCGCCUGGUCAACGCUCCGCUUGGCGCCCCGCGCGACAUGGCCGAGCUCGGCAAAGGAGCUUCGAAGGGGCCCCAGGCAGACAGGUACAAGCCCCAGGCGCCGGCGAAGCAGACGCGCGACUUGAGCCGCCACUGGCGGGCCAACCUGGGCGAGCCCGACCUCGCCGACGUAGUUGUAGUGGCCAGGCAUUGCUGCCUGAG